GAUCAGACAGAAGCGAAUCAAACGCUCGUGGAGUAACAGAUCGUAGCUGUCAUCAUGAAAUUCAUGGUUAUUGCCUUUGCCGUCCUGGCCUGCGCCUAUGGCGAUGUCUCCCAUUUGGGUUACGACUACUCGCCCCCGGCACCGGCUCCGGUUUACCACCCAGCCCCUGCUCCCAUCAGCAUCCCAGCUCCUGCUCCAGCUCCGGUUUACCACCCAGCCCCUGCUCCCAUCAGCAUCCCUGCUCCCGCUCCAGUCUACCACCCAGCUCCUGCUCCCGCUCCAGUUGUGAUCCCUGCCCCAGCUCCCGUGGCCAUCCCAGCUCCCGCCCCAGUGAGGACCUAUGUGCCACCUGCACCCAUCAGCAUCCCUGCCCCUGCUCCGGUCUACCAUGAGGCUCCUGCCCCAGCUCCGGUCUACCACCCAGCUCCUGCUCCCGCUCCAGUUGUGAUCCCUGCCCCAGCUCCCGCUCCAGUUGUGAUCCCUGCUCCAGCUCCCGUUAACACCUACAUUCCCCCAGCACCUGCACCAGCUCCAAUCCACAUUGAGGCUCCUGCUCCCGCUCCCGUCUACCACCCAGCCCCGGCUCCGGCUCCGGUUUAUCAUGAAGCUCCUGCUCCCAUUCCCGUGAGCAUCCCAGCUCCUGCUCCCGUCUACCACCCAGCUCCAGCCCCAGCCCCCGUGGUGAUCCCUGCCCCAGCUCCCGUGAGGACCUAUGUGCCCCCUGCACCCAUCAGCAUCCCUGCCCCAGCUCCAGUCUACCACCCAGCUCCGGCUCCUGCUCCAGUCUACCACCCUGCCCCAGCCCCCAUCAGCAUCCCAGCUUCCAACCACCAGGUUCUGGAGGAGAUCGAGCCCGUGUCCAACGAUGGAUACCGCUACAAGACCGUGCGUCGUCGCGUCUACCGCCACCGCUUCUAAACUUACCAAAGCCUAACGAAAACUGUUUCCUAACGAAUCCCCUCGGGGGAUUGCAAUAAAAAACUACCGCCUUCGAGUUUGUUAAACAAAAAGA